UGCUCCGGAAGCGGAAGGGGCAUUACAAGAUGGCGGCGGCUGCAGAGGGGGUGCUGGCAGGAGCUGGCUCCGAGUCUUCGGCCCCGCCGGUGUGCGUGCUGGUGCUGGGCAUGGCGGGCUCUGGGAAAACCACCCUGGUGCAGAGGCUCACUGCUCAUUUGCACAGCCAGAAUUCCCCGCCCUACGUCAUCAACCUGGACCCGGCUGUGCGCGAGCUCCCCUUUCCAGCCAACAUCGAUAUCAGAGACACAGUGAAGUACAAAGAAGUCAUGAAACAAUAUGGUCUGGGCCCAAAUGGUGGAAUAGUGACUUCUCUCAAUCUCUUUGCCACAAGAUUUGAUCAGGUGAUGAAGUUUAUUGAAAAGCGACAGAACACAUCUCAAUAUGUUCUUAUUGAUACACCAGGACAGAUUGAGGUGUUCACCUGGUCAGCCUCAGGCACUAUCAUCACUGAGGCAUUGGCUUCCACUUUUCCUUCAGUUGUCGUUUAUGUGAUGGACACAUCUCGCAGCACCAGCCCUAUCACCUUUAUGUCUAACAUGUUGUAUGCUUGCAGUAUCCUGUACAAAACAAAACUACCUUUUAUUUUGGCCAUGAACAAGACAGAUAUCAUUGAUCACAGUUUUGCAGUAGAAUGGAUGCAGGAUUUUGAGAUCUUUCAAGAUGCCUUGAAUCAAGAGACAACAUAUGUUAGUAACCUGACUCGUUCCAUGAGCCUGGUGUUGGAUGAGUUUUACAGCUCACUCAAGGUGGUUGGUGUUUCUGCCGUGCUGGGUACAGGACUGGAUGAAUUUUUUGUGAAAGUCUCUGAAGCUGUAGAUGAAUAUGAGAGGGAGUAUCGUCCAGAAUAUGAGCGUCUGAGAAAAUCAUUGGCGAAAGCCCAGAGCAAGCAGCAGAAAGAGCAGCUGGAACGUUUGCGGAAAGACAUGCUCUCUGUGGCUAUGGAGAGCAAUCCACUUGCAGAUUCUUCUGACACUUCUGCAUUGGGCCCCUCUGACUUGAUCAUGACACGAGGAACUUUGGAUGAGGAAGAUGAAGAGAGAGAGAGUGAUACUGAUGAUGUUGACCAUCAAGGGUUUGUUCAUGUUCCAAUUCCAACCCGAAAAAUCCUCCCAUUACAAAGGGCUAAUGCUCAGCCAGUAUUAUCAAGGCACCCACAAAGAGAGAACAUGAAGCAGCUCAUCUAUGGGAAGGAAAAUGAGAUAGUUUAUGUCUUCAUCCGCAUUAACAGUGCAGGGACAGUCCUGUCCUGCUCCUCUGAACAGCUGGGAACAAAGACAUGGAUGGAUCAAGUUUACAAAUGGACCAAGGACACUGGGCAGGAAAUUCAAGAUUCCAAAUAUUGCUCCAUACUGGAGAAUGGAUCCCUAGCCUUCAAGGACUUUGGCCCAGAGCAGUCUGGAAUCUACAAAUGCAGUGUCUCCUAUUCCAAAGAGGACAAGCGCUACACAAAGCACUUCCAUUUCUUUGUCAGGGGUAUGGUAUGUAGUAAAGCUGCCCAAGGUGCAGAGAGGUGCAGGAGAGGGAUUGGUUGUUUUGUGAAGAACAAGUCAAGAUGCCAGAGAUAAAUGAUUGCCAUGACCAAAGGGGGGAGCAUGAUCUCCUAUACUGGAGAGACCUAGGGAGUCUGAGUAUUGAUGGAGGUUAGGGUGUUGAGGAGAGUGCCAGUGGGAAUAACUGUGGGUCACUAAGGGUAUGUCUACACUGAGAUUAAGAAAACCCAUGGCACAGCCCCAAAGCUAAGGAGGAGCAUGAGCAGGCACUGCCCCCACCCCCGUACAUUUGUUUACUCCUGUAAAUAAGAUGUUCCAGUUUUUCUUCCCCAGUUUCUUAUUCUGAGUUUCCUCAGAUGAGUGACUGUAGUACUAAAGCCACAAAGUAGUAGUCACAAUUCUAGUAGCCCUUGGGCGUAGGGUGUGUUAGUGACCUUGUUUCAGCUAAAUGAAGUGUGGUGACUGCAUUACAUUGCUGCCAUAAUAAAAGAUGUGCAAGGAAGUCUCUGCAAAGUGAGGACGCAUGGUUCUAUGCUUGAGUUUCUGUGACCAGACCCUGCCUGCCGGUUUGGACGGGAGUCAAGAAUUCCUUUCAGACAGAGAGAGGCUAUAUUUUAUAACCUGUUUAAUCUCUUGUGAUAGCUUUUUCCAUAAACAACACUUAUUCUGAAGUUAUGGUAUUAAAAGGCAGACCUUCAAUGAAAAGAUCAGAUUUAUUAGAGUCAAAUUGGUUGUCUUUAGCCAUAUUAUUCUUCCAGAACAAGAUAUACUGGACUCAACAUUUGUUUAAGGCUCAGUUGGCCACACACAGUGAAUGUUGGACAACCAAACAGCCACAUGACAACCUUUCAUACAUCCUCUAUACCAGCGGUUCUCCAACUGGGGUCCACAGACCCCCUGGGGCUCUGUGGGGGUACUCCCUGGCGUCCGUAAGUCAUGUCUGGCUCUAGGCAGUCCACAAGUCAUGUCUGGGGCCAGCAACCCUGCUGAUCAACUCCUCCCCCUCCCUCCCAGUGCCUCCUGCAUGCCACAGAACAGCUGUUGAAAACUCCCCCCGAGCGGAGUUUACAAAAAUGUGUAAAUCAAAAUGGGGGUCCUCAGCUUGCUAAAGUUUAAGAACUGCUGCUCUAUACUUCUCCAAAAAUGCAUGUGUUUUGAAACAUCAUAGUCAAUGCUGUCUCAAAAAUUUUUCUCUCUCUUUCUUCAAGCUUGUGUACUUUUAGGGGUGCUGGAUGAGUUGGUUUUACCAAUUAACAUUAAGAAAUGGAUUGUGGUAUCUAGUGAAAUCUGUGACUUCCAAAGACCUCUGUGACUUCAGCCAGCUGCCAACUGGGAGCUGCAGGAUCCCGCCACCAUAUAUGGCAGCCGGGAGCUGCAGCGUACCCCUGCCACCUGAGGUGGUGUGGCCCUCCGAGCUCCUGUGGGCGGCAGGGGUACCCCAGAGCUCGCAGGUGCGGGGGACCCCACAACUCACUGCUGCUGCCCCACAGUUCCUGCCUGCUGCUGGGGGGCAGGAGUACCCCGCUGCUUCUCACCACCAUGGGAGCCUAGGGGCUCCAAGCCGCUGCAGGGGACCCUGCAGCUGCUGACCACCUCUGCAGCUUUGAGCCAUGAGGGGAGGGGGACCCUGGAACUCCGAGCCUGCACAGGUGGCGGGAACCCCCCGAAGCUCCCAGCCGACCCCCACAGUGACUCCCCAUUUUGUCAUGGAUACUUUUUAUAAAUGCCAGGGACAGGCCACGGGUUUCCAUGAAUUUUUCUUUAUUAACCUGUCCCUGACGUUUACUAAAAAUAUCCAUGACAAAAUUUUAGCCUUAGUUAUGGUGUCACUUAUUUAUCUCUUUAGUCAUUUGAAUAAUUGA